AGUUGCUGCUCAACGUUUGUGAUCGUUGGCCGGCAUGUAUCGGAUGCUUCUGCUGCUGACCCUCAUUAUCAUCGCACUGUUCGUGCUGCUGUACGCAUUUCUGGUAUGGAAUUUUGGACAUUGGCGUCGACGCGGCAUUCGGGAGCCGCGUGCCCUGCCGCUGCUCGGCUCCUUUCCGAAUAUCGUAUGGCCGCGUCGACACUUCUCCAACGAUAUGCGUGAUAUCUAUAUGAAAUAUCGCGAGACGGACAGCUACGUGGGAACAUAUCUGCUGAGAGCGCCCAAGUUGCUGCUGUUGGAGCCGAAGCUGAUCAAUGAGGUGUUCGUGAGUGCCUUUCGGCACUUUGAGAACAACGAUGCGUCGCGCAUGAUUGACACACGAAAGGAUCCCCUUGUCGCCUGCAAUCCUUUCGUACUCGAUGGCGACGAAUGGCGAAAGCAGCGUAGCAUCUUCUCCCCCCUGCUAACCAGUGGACGCAUACGAAAUGCAUACGGAAAUAUGAAACGCAUCUGCGACAUGCUCUGCGAGUACAUUGAUAAGUGUUCGGAUUGUGGUCAGCCACAAAAUGGCAUGGAUCUUGGACUGCGCUUUACCAGCGAGAAUCUCUUCGAUUGCGUCCUGGGCAUUGAAGCGCGUAGCUUUACCGAUUCACCGCUGCCAGUGGCCAAGCACAACAAGGAGAUGUCCGAGGAUAAUCGCCGUCUGGCUCUUGCUGGCGCUCUGAACGGACUCUUUCCUUGCCUGCCGCUCUGCCUGCGGCCCAAGAUCAUUCCGCCCUCAUAUGAUCGCUUCUUUGGGGAACUUGUCCGUGAGGCAUUUGAUUUGAGGCGCUGCAAGCGACAGGAGCGCAACGAUUUCAUCAAUCAUUUGCUGGACAUGCAGCGGGAGCAUCAGUUGAGUGAGGCGCAGCUGGCAUCGCAUGCGAUGACCUUCAUGUUCGAUGGACUGGACACCACAUCCUCGACCAUAGCACACUGUCUGCUACUCCUCGGUCGCCAUCCGGAUUGCCAGGAGCGGCUGUGGCAAGAGAUUGACAAUGCCUGCUCUGGAUGGGAUCAGCUGCUGCCCGAUUUUGAGGUGCUAAAUGAGCUACCCUAUUUGAGUGCUUGCUUAAAUGAGAGUCUACGCAUCUAUCCGGCUGGCGGUUGGGCAUCGAAGACCUGCACAGCGCCCUACACCUUCCAUGGCAGCCAACACGAUAGUCCGCUGAAAAUGCUACCAGGCGAUAAUGUGAUGAUACCCAUCUAUGGACUGCAUCACGAUCCCAUCUACUAUCCAGAGCCGCACGCCUUUCGACCCGAACGCUUUCUCAAUGGCGGCCUGAAGCGAUUCCAGCAGCUGGGCGUUUUUCUCGGCUUUGGCAAUGGGCCGCGUCAGUGUGUGGGAAUACGGCUGGGUCUGACCCAAACCAAGGCUGCACUGGCGGCCAUUGUGCGACGCUUCGAGGUGCACAUCAAUGGACGCACUCUCGAUGGCAUCGAGCUCGAUCCGCUCAUCUUUGUGGGUGUCCACAAGGGCGGCAUUUGGCUGGACUUUGUGGCACGCUCGAGCAGACAGUAGUUCAGUGUUGAGGUUGUGAGGUGUGCACAUGGCAGGGUACGUUAAUCGAAAUUAACGGAUUUAUAUAUAGAAGCAUAACCCAAGUCCAAAUUCAAUUCGGUUUGAUUUACUGCUUUGAUACUAAGUUAUUAAAAUCAUUGCAACGGUUCUGGGAAAGAUUAAAGACUCAUUUCUGUCAGAGGGUCUUCUUUUUAUUUUUUAUUUUAUUGUCUGCACAACCUAUUUUUAAGUUUUAGAUGAUUACAGCGCCUUGGAUUGCAACGAGUGAUUUCGAGAGGUGAAAGAUUUGAAAAGUAAACAAGAGCCCAAAUA